CUUUUCUUUCAAAAUCUUUCAAUUCCAAAACACACACAUCUCACUACUUCACUAGCCUUAGCCAAAUAUGAAACCCUCUCACCGUCGCAGACUCAGCUUCUCCACCUCUUCUACCACUACUACCGUCACCUACACUCUCCGCAAUGACCAACCUACCCCUCCCACCUCCACCCCGAUUCCCAUCACUGUACACGUACCGCAGUCCUCCGCCGCCGCCGUCAAAAUCCAAUCGGCCUACCGGAGCCACCUGAUCCGCAACCUCUACAGGACAAUCGCGGCCGUCCAUUCCGAGGCCGACGAGUUCCAGCGCCUGAUCCAACGGCAGGAGACGGUCGACGCCGUGAGGAGCAGCGAGCGGGAGAAGCUGAGGAUGAACGAGGCGCUGAUGAAGUUGCUACUGAGAUUGGACUCCGUGCCCGGGGUGGACCCCACGGUGAGGGAGGCGAGGAGGAAGGUGAGCCGUCGGAUCGUGGGGCUGCAGGAGAUCGUGGACGCGAUUGUUCAGGAAGACGUGGAGGGGUUCUGGGGUGGGUUUGGGAGGGACUACUGGAACGACGUCGUGGCGGAGAUGGAGGAGGGGGUGUGUAGGGAGAGAGGAGGUGAGGAAAUGGAGAGGUUCUGUGCUGAGUAUUUGGGGUUUCGCUGCUUACAGAGGUUUCUAAGUCAGCCGUGAUCUUGUGGCUGCGCUGCCACUGCUUCACCGUGUAUACGCUUAUAGCUAUCAUGUUUCUUUUUGUCAAUAAAACCUGCUUCGUAAAA